CAAAUCAAGGCCACCACCUGUCUGCGAAAUGGAGGCCUCAUCAUCGAACUGACCACCACAGAAGCUGCAAAUUGGAUCCACCUCCUGGAAAACAAGGUAAAAUUCACUGACAUGCUUGACUCACCAAUUUCUAUCAAAACACGUAGAUUCUCCAUCAUAGUCCCCUUUCUCUCGGUUACCUCAGACAUCGAAAACGGUCCUUGGCUUAGAGCAAUAGAAACAGAAAACUACCUCUUGGCAGGCUCUAUUGAAGCAGCAGGGUGGAUCAAACCAAAAAAUCAGAGGUCAACAGACCAAAGAGUAGCGCAUGCAAUCUUCCAUUUUACUGACCCCACAGUGGCCAACACCACCUUACAAGAUGGCAUCUACAUCAAUCAAGAGAAACUACACCCAUGUAAAGACAAACAUGAACCAGUUCAUUGUGUCAAAUGUCAACUUUGGGGACAUGUGGCCAAGGAAUGUAAAGCUGUGAACGAUGUAUGCGGUACUUGCGGAAAGAACCACCGGACCAAUAUCUGCAAUGCCUAUUGCACCCUCUUUUGUGUCAGCUGCAACUUGCACAACCAUGCAAGUUGGAAUAUAAAUUGUCCAGAGUUUGAGAAUCGCUGUACAGGAAUCAACACUAAGCUCCCAGAAAACUCCAUGCCUUACUUCCCUACUGAUGAGGACUGGACUCAGGUCAUGCUACCCCCAAAACCAGCUCCCUACCACAAACCAGCUGACCAGCCCAUCGUCGAUCAAAGGCCAACCUUCCGACAGACCAACCUCACAUUUGAAACCAACCCGCCAACUGAAAACAGAAGAUUCUAUGGAAGACCGUCAAGAGCCUCAAAUGCUCCUGUAAUCGCAAAACCUCCACCUCCCCAAUCAAACUCCACAUCCACAUCCCCUUCGCCAUUGCUUUCACCUUCGAAUCUUCCUCCCCCCUCAUUGAGCCCCUCAAGCCCACGGACCUCUACCCCCCCUCAUGUAUGA